AUGGAGGAACAUAUUCGCCAGAGUCUUUCCAACCACCCGAAUGUCUUUCAGGGGUUACAUCACACCAGUAGCUCGCCAUCUCAGCGCGACAGGAUGGCCCACUCCAACGAAGCGACUUCUACCGCUCUAGAGCACGAGCUGACAGUGCUGCAACACCACCGCAGUGGCAGUGCAAGCGACGAAGAAGGCCAACCCCCGCCGCGCUAUACCCCGGAGAACGAUCCCUUCCAGCUAGCAUCGAAGCUAAAGACCGACGAGGAAAUCCAACAGAUCCAGGCCAACACCUCCAGGAAACGUGAUUCCGCUAAUGCGUCCAAAGGCCGGAAGGUUGCGGCUCUGGUGAAAGACACUGGUCGUCUUGGCAGACAAGCUUUCGUCACCAAGAAGCUGCGGGGCUUCUACGAAUCUCAGAAUGAGAAUAUCGAGCGCAUGCUGAAGCCCGUUGAGGAGCACCGCCGUGCCGCUCGCGAAUUGAACGUCGAUAAUCGUCUGAAAUAUCGCAUUGCUGUGUACGGCAGUUUUGCCGCCAAUGUCAUCCUCUCUGUCGUCCAGGUCUACGGUGCCGUUUCCUCCGGGUCGCUGUCUCUCUUCACAACUAUGGCUGAUGCCGUCUUCGAUCCUAUGUCCAACCUUACCCUUCUCCUUUGCAACAAGGCUGUCAACCGCGUCGAUCCGCGCAAGUUCCCGGCUGGAAAAGCGCGUAUCGAAACCGCUGGCAAUAUCUGUUUCUGCUUCCUCAUGACCGCUGUCUCAUUUAUUCUGAUUGCAUUCUCAAUCCGUGAACUGGUAGUUGGCUCCGAGGAAGAAACGCAGUCUUUCCAUCUGCCCUCCAUCAUUGCCGUUGCCGUUGCCUUUGCCACAAAACUUACCUUGUUCCUGUACUGCUGGGCUCUACGGAAUCAGGUUUCGCAGAUUCGCAUUCUGUGGGAAGACCACCGCAACGAUCUGUUCAUCAACGGCUUCGGUAUCUUGACCUCCGUUGGCGGCAGUAAGCUGCGCUGGUGGGUCGACCCAAUGGGUGCUAUUAUUUUGUCCACCUUGGUUAGUGUUCUGUGGUUGCACUCUGCCUACGGCGAAUUCCAGCUACUGGUUGGUGUCACUGCCGACACCAAGAUGCAGCAGCUCAUUACUUAUAUCUCAAUGACCCAUUCUCCUCUCAUCACCGCCAUCGACACCGUCCGCGCCUACACUUCUGGGCCCCGUCUUCUCGUCGAAGUCGACGUUGUCAUGGAACCCAACGAGUCCCUGCGCGCUACCCACGAUGUCGCCGAGGAACUACAGAUCAAGCUUGAGUCCCUCCCCGACGUGGAACGUGCUUAUGUACACGUUGAUUAUGAAACCACACACAAGCCAGAGCAUUUCCUGAAGAAAGAGCUUUGA